AUGUCCCGGCAUGUGUUUAAUUCCACGGCGCUGCUUCUCCUCGUCGUGAUGAUAUGCUGCGGCAUUGGAGGUGCACACGCUGAGCAGGCAGGGGCCGCUGUUGAUCCUUUUACAGGGACGCCGUCGGUAUCAUUUGGUAAUUGGAAGGAGUUUAAGGAGGCCGGAAGCAAAAUCACCUCGCUCCGUGUUCCUGGCCUUGUUAAAGUGGGUGAUGAUGUAUUUGCCGUUGCUGAAGCGCAGUGCGGGGAAAGGAAUGGAGCCGGCAGCUGUGCUGGGAUUGUGUCAAAGCACCUGGAUAUAAGGGGUGACUCAAUGGAUAUUUCGACGUCGGAUAUAAGUUUGUUUUGCAUGCAACUUGUGGACACUGCCGAGAAUAAUUUUGGGACAACGGAAGUGUUGCGACCAACGACGCUUGUGCUUGGGGGCAGUGUUUACUUGCUCCUGGGAAACUACAGCCAUAAGAAGCCGCAGGUUGAAGGUACGAAUGAGCGGGGCCUUUUACUCGUGAAGGGAACUGUCACGGUGGAUGGUGGAAACAACAAGAAACUUUUGUGGAAUGAGACCUAUUUGGUGAACCCUCAAGCCAUAGGGUAUUCUGGUUCCUUGACCGAGUUUUUGGGUGGUGGAGGAUCGGGUGCUGUGAUGCGUGACGGCACGCUUGUGUUUCCCAUGCAGGCCAAAGACAAGGAUGGAACCAGCGUUUUGCUGUCUAUGCGUCUCCCCAAGCAAAGGAACAAAUGGGAGCUUUCAUCCUAUGUGACUGGUAAGGGCUGCAGGGAUCCAACCCUGGUGAAGUGGGAAGAAGGAAAAGACGACGAAAGACUCUUCAUGAUGGCUCAUUGUGCUGGAGGCUACUAUGACGUUUACAUGUCCACUGGGAGUGGGGUGGAUUGGUAUACGUUGGGUGAGCCAAUUAACCGCGUGUGGGGCAACUCACGUAAUCGAAAGGGGUACGGCGUCCAGAGUGGAUCCACCACCGCAAUCAUUGAGGAAAAGGAGGUGAUGCUCAUCACCGCGCCGGUGUAUCCGAAGGAGGAAAAUGAAGGUGGAAAUGGUCGGCUCCAUCUUUGGGUGACGGACAAUGCACGUGUGUAUGAUGUUGGGCCGGUAUCCCGUGGAGAUGAUGACGCCGCCGCCAGCUCGCUGUUGAUGAAAGAUAAUAAUAAGGAGUUGAUCUCAGUGUACGAGAAAAAGAAGAAUGACGGAGCAUACAAUCUUGUUGCUGUGCGUCUGACCGAGAAACUGGAGCGGAUAAAGGAAGUGGUGAAGACAUGGAAGGAUUUGGACGGCGCCUUGCAAUCAUGCAGUUUUCCUGCCGGGGAUGAAUCGGAGGCAAAAAAAGAUAUGUGCAAUGGUCGUGUUCCCACCAAAGGGCUUGUUGGCUUUUUGUCCGGUAACUUCUCUGAGAACACAUGGAGAGACGAGUACCUCGGCGUGAAUGCAACAGUGACGAAUGGAGUGAGAAGGGUUCCCAAUGGAUUGACUUUCAAAGGGUCUGGAGCAGGGGCGGUGUGGCCUGUUGGCGACAUGGGGCAGACUGUGCCUUACUACUUUGCGAACAACAAGUUCACUCUUGUGGCGACGGUGUCCAUCCACGAGGUGCCGAAGGAAGGCAGCAGACCCAUUCCUUUGAUUGGCGUGAGGAUGAAUGACACCAAAAGCACAGUGCUCUUUGGUCUGUCGUACACCCACGAAAAGAAGUGGUUGGCCAUACCGGGGAAUCGUGCUACUUCGAAGCGUGUUGAUAAUAUUGUUAAAUGGGAACCAAACGAGACGUAUCAGGUGGUACUGCAAAUGGAUUAUGAAGAAUGGACUGCCAUUGUAGAUAAAAAGAAAAUCCACAACAAGAGAUAUAAAAAGAGUCUGUUCAACUCGCACAGGAUUUCACACUUCUACAUCGGUGGGGACAGUAAGGACGAAAGUGCAACGGGCGGCCAUGUGACGGUGACCAACGUCAUGUUGUACAACGAGGAACUGUGGGGAAAUGAUCUGGAUGAACUCAAAGCCAGCAAAGUCACUAUUCCAUCACUGGGUGCUGAGGAACAGCCCACAGGACAGGUGACCGGCACAGAAAUCUCAGUUGCUCCCGAGUCAAACAUUAAAGAAAGCGCCGCCAGCCAUGGGGAAUUGACAGAGGGUGAUACUGAUAAACAGGGGGAAAACAGCUUCCAUAAUCCAGUGCUUGCAGCGCUCCUUUCAACGUUUGCCGGGGGAUCAUCUGUUUCCGAACCUGCCACCGCAGCGGAGAGCGAAGAGAAUUCUCGUUCAGAUGACAAUGCCCAGCUUUCCAAAGGCGAAACGGCCCAGCAAGCCACGCUGAAUGAAGACAAUAAUUCGAUGCAACGGGAUUCGGAGGUGCAGCCACAAGACCUACAGUCAGCGGAAUUAACGGAGGUUACCGAUGUUGAAAUGUACUCUGGAAGUUAUGAUGAAGAAAUACCAGAGGAGGAGGAAGAAGCGGAUGACAGGAGUGGCGGAUCAACGUCUUCAGUGGGUGCAACAUCGGAUAUGGAUACGGCCACCGAAACAGUUGACAGUGAGCACCAAGUGCAACAAAGCACUGAGCCUGCCACUGAAGGCGACGACGUGCGGUCCACUGGAACCGGAACCACCGGCGCGGAGCAAAGCCUCAGCCUCGAGGCGGGGGACGGAAAUUCCGAGAGAACAAUGGGCUCAGACAGCAGCCUCACUCCUUCAAGGACUGACGCCGAACCGACAUCCGCGGAGGACACCGACGACGUCUCUCGGACUGAAGGAAGCGAAUUUUAUUUUGAAGACGGCAAGGAGGUGCCACAGACGGUCGACACCAAACCGGAGAAUACAAACACCACGCCUGGAGGCGAAGGGACCCCCUUAACAAAAGGCGCGGCACGACACUCGGACAACGACACCUUCACCGGGGAAAUUGCGGAGCUGCUGUCCAUGGGUCUAAACCGUGACAGCACCGUGCAUGUGUGUGUGUCUCGGGUGUUGUUGCUGCUUCUUCUGCUGGGGCUGUGGGGCACUGUGGCUCUUUGA